CCGCUCGGCUCUCAGCCCGCCCCACCCCUGCUGGGCCUGCGCGCGUGAUUGGCCUGCUCGGCGCUCGAGCGCCUUCCUCGGGGAUGCUCGGCGGGCGGGCUUGACCGGACCGGAGCCUGCUGGAGCCCCGCUUGGGGUCUCACAGCUCGGACGCAUCGGGCCGGUGAAAGUCUGGCUGCAGCAUGGCUGCUGGUCCUGGCAGCACUCGCCUGGGGCAGAAGCAAGCGGUAGGAAAACCUCGAAAGAAGAGGCCCCAGAGUGUGGUGGCCUGGCAGAACAAGGCCGAAUGGGAUCAGGUGAUGGUGGGACUGUACUGUGGGGACUGCCAGCUGCAACGGGGAGCCCUGGACCGAGUGUCAGCCUGGAAGAGCAGGUAUGGGAACAGAAUGCCUUUAGCUGUGGAAUGCACGGCAGAUCUUGUUCGUUGUAAAAUCCUAGAUGCUGCUGGUGAUUUGAAAUCCCAUGAACUGGUCCUUACGUACGGCCUGGCUCUCGUAAGGUUUGUGAAUCUCAUCACAGAACGAAAGCAGAAAAGGAUCAUCACUUCGCUGAGAUGGCUGGCUAAAGAGCUAGACAUCCCUGUCUGGAUUGUGGACCUUCGUCAUGAACUGACCCAUGGCAAACUUCCUCACCUGGUUGCUUGCCAAAAAGGCUGCAAUGUUGUGUUGGAGUGGCUCAAGCGUUCCUACUGGAGCCGCCAGUUUUGCAGUGACCAGGUGGAAGGUGAUGAUGAGGACGACGAAGAGUCCUCAGCAACAGAUACGGAUAUGGACCCCAGUCAGGAGGAGCUGGAGAAACUGCAGUCCCCAGGCUGCCAGAAGCACCGGGAGUUCCACGAUAAAGUCAGAGAUGUCUUGAUAUCCUAUAAAAAACAACAGUUCGAGGUUCUCCAGAAGUCAAAGAACAUUGGCCAGGCCUGUGAAGCAUGGUGCGGUUCCUCCUCAGAAGCUGAGUGGGUUGUGGCCCAGAUGAAAGACUUAUUUCAAGAGAACAGGGAGGUUGUGGCCAUAGUUUUGCUUGACGACGGUUUCCUCAUCCCAACAACAGAAGACCUGCAGAGCCUGAAUAUCAACUCGCAAGAAACCAAAGAGUGGGAUUUUCAAAUCCCUCGGACAUUUCUCCGCUUCUGGCAGCCACUGCUGAGAGGCCUGCAUUCCAAAGACUUCACACAGACUCUGCUGGAAAGAAUGUUUAACGAGCUGAAGAAACACGCCCCGGGUCCAGAGCUCCGAUCACAGUAUCUCAUCAACUGGAUUGCAAAAAUUUUGAAGAUGAACAUGCAAGCCAAGAAAAAGAUGAAACACAGAAAUAGAAACACAAGUUCCUCGGAGCUCUUUCUCCGGCGGGUUUCACUGCAAUGGCCGAAGCUCCUGGAGGAUUGCCUGGAAGCACCGUGCUGGGCGAGUCCGCAUCUCCUGCAUCUGAUCCUGACGAGCAUGGAACCUCCUUUGCCCCCCGAAUCCCAGGAGAAACUUCUGUACCUCACCUCCAUCUACACCCAAGAAGACGGCUCCCUUCCCAGCCCGGGCUCGGCCGCGGACCUGCGCAAGCAGCCCGUUUACACAGUGGAGAGUCUGCAGUGGAAAGUGAAGCACAGCAGUGCGGCGCGGGGACUGGCCAAGCGCGCGGGGAAGCGGCCCGUGCUGCUGGAUGGUCUCGAAGAGGAAGGGACGGCGGGGCAGGAGGAGGAGGAAGAGGAGAUGGAGACUCAGCCGGCCCCUCUGCAGGAGCCCCUCCUGCCCGAGAGCGCCAUGGCUCUAGCCGAGAGGAGGAUGGCGCUGCAGGGGUCUGCCUGGCAGGUCAGCUCAGCAGACGGGGUGAAGUGGAAGGCGUUUCCUCUGGGGAGGCUUCCUGGCCAGACCGACGAUCCGGACGGCCUGCUGGUGGAGAACUACUCCAUGAUGUCAGCGGUGGACCAGCUGGUGGAUCAAGAUGGGAGAAGCGACCCGAGCGGCACGUCUUCAGAGUGGGGUGGCUCUCUUGCGGAUGGAUUAUUAUGGACCCAGAGUGAUCUCCAUAAGUUGAAAAGCGGCAUUCAACUUUUCUGAAGGUGGACUUUAUACCGACAGUACACAAAAAUGUGUAUGGCCUGAAAUGUUUUUGGCCUGUCUGUUUUUGCAGACGUUACUUUAGUGCACUGCAGCUCAUCCACCUCAGUGCAAAUUUUUCUGUAAACUUAAAAAAGGGUAAGAAUGUCUACAUGUAGUGACUUUGUAAUAUGCGUAACAGAACCAGCCACUGUUUAAAUAUGUUCUGUAUUUUAAUAGAAGUGUAUGACGAUGCUCAUUUUUCUUGACUGUUUAAUAAUGUGUGCUUUUUAAUAUGAGCUUUGAUAUCUGGUUCAGAGACAUGGAACAAUAGUGUGUUGCAUUCGCUAAAUUCUUGUAGAGCUUUAAAAGGCCUUUAAAUUAUGCAUCCCAAUCUGGAAGUCUGUCAUUCAUGUGUAUGUCUCGGCCAAAUUCACACUUUAAAAGAAUAAACCUCUUUUUGAAAUAAUGAAA